AUGCAGACAGUAGAGACUGUCAUGCAGGAGUCUCCUGUAGGAGGCCACGCAGCGAUCGGUGAGUCUGAGAACGCGGUCAAGGAGGUGAAACGCAUUGUGCGUGUGCAGAAGAAGACGCUCGAGGAGAGGAUUGGUACGCGGCUACCGCUGCACCAUCCGAUUUGGACGGGGCUGCCACGACAUGCUGCUGCGUGUCUCAGUAGAUACCGUAUCGGCGAGGACGGUAGGUCCGCCGAACAGAGGCGCACAGGCAGGCGCUGGGCGAAGUCGGCGUUGGAAUUCGGCGAACGGAUUCACGUGAGGCUCGCGCAGGAGGAGCCGCGGAGCGGCAUGACUCCUAAAAUGAUAGAGGGCUGGUACGUCGGCCACCAGACGCGGACUGGCAGUCUGAUGGUAAUGACCACCAGGGGGGUUUUGCGAGGCAAGACCUACAACAAGAAUACCGCGGAGGAGCGCUGGAAGCCCGCUGGGCUAGACCAGGUGUGCCGGAAGCGGGUAGCACCGCUCCGGCUGCGUCGUCAGGGUCUGGGGGCCCGGCUCCGGCCGCAGGGGCCAGUGCUGCGUCUGCGGAGGUACCAGGCGCCGCGGCUGCGGGAGGUGGACCUCUCGGUGGAGGAGCUGGAGAAUAUUGCCCAUCUGAGCUUGGAGCUGGGAGCCGUAGAUGUUCACGAGUUGUGCCCGCCUCCGCGGAAUGUUGCGCUCGCGUGCCGUCUGGGUCUCCGGCCUGGGGUGAGCGCAGACAUGGAGGCCGAGAAACCGAACGGUGGGCACUGGGACUUUACGAAGAAGGGCGACGUGAAGGAAUGGUUCGAUACGCUUGAGCGCGAGGAUCCGUACAUCCUCAUUGGUUCGCCUCUCUCUACGGCAUUCGCAGACUUACAGGGCACAUCCCGGCCCAAGCGGGACACAGAGCAGGUGCUCCAGGAACAGAACGUUGCCCAGCGUCAUCUUGAAGUGGCUUGCGAGAGCUACCGGAGGCAGAUGGUGCGGGGUCGGUACUUCUUGCACGAGCACCCCCACGACGACAGCAGCUGGGAGACACCAGGCAUCUUGGAGCUGCUGGAGCAGGAGGCCAUGAAGAAAGAUGGAUCCCUCUCUGGCCUGGCGGAGGCUACGGCUGGCCCAGUGCCUACAGAGCCCGACACCUACGAGCAGGGCAGAUCGCUGUUGGAGGACAGCGAGAGGUACUGGGACGACGUCGACCCCGCCAUGGUGAGGAAGCGAGACUACACAGCAGUGCUCAAGCAGGACGGGCACGAGUCAGGGAAGGCGAACCCGGCCCUGUUCUACAAGAAGGUCGACGACUGUCGGUCUUUAGUGCACGGUGAUGACUUCUGCGCCAUGGGCGACGACGCAGAAACUCUGCGGAAGAAAUACGACUUGAAGGUGACAGGUCGUUUCACGCUCGGUUCUGGAGAGGAGCAGGAGGUCGUUUUCUUGAACAGGAUUCUACGUGUCACAGGAAGCCCAGAGGGGGAGCGCUUCGAGGAGCGGUUAGCCUCGCCCCCGCUCGUCGGUGACGACGUCCGCCUGUACCGAAGUGUGACCAUGCGUGCGUCAUACUUGGCACCAGAUCGGGCUGACAUUGGCGAUGCAGUGAAGAAUCUUGUUAAGCACAUGCAGAGCCCGAAGCAAGUCGACAUGGCGCGGCUUAAGAGGUUGGCGAGAUACCUGAAAGGAAGGCCUCGGGUAGUACAGGUGCUCCGCAGGGACCAGCACCUCGCCAGGGGCAGUCCUUUGCCCAUCUUGGUCAUGGUGGACAGCGACAACGCUGGCGACAAGACCAGCCGACGGUCUACUGUGGGGCAGGUCGUUUUCGUCGGCGGACAGGUGGUGAAGCAUGCUUGCAACCUGUUGCAGGUGAUAGGACUUUCCUCUGGAGAGAACGAGUACUACGCGAUCAGCGCCGGCGCGUGCACCGGAUUAGGCAUCCAAGGCUUAUUGGAGGACUGGCAGGUCCCCUCGAAAGUCAAGGUGGUGUCGGACUCUUCCGCGGCGCGCGGUUUCGCGUCGCGCCGAGGCGUUGGGAAGCUGAAGCACGUUCAGACCCGCUACCUGUGGGUGCAGGAGAGGAUCGUCAUGCAGCACCUGGAGUUGGGCAAGAUCGGCACGGCCGAUAACAGGAGCGAUCUUCUGACGAAGCCAUUCGGUCGUAAGGAGAUCGACGUCCGCAUGAAGGGUAUCAACCAGGACUACAGGAGCGGCAGAGCGGCCAAAGGGUUGCUUCUGAAAUAG